AAAUAGCUACACAGCUGUUACGAUGGACAUCCUUGCAUCUAAAUAUAUCUCAAUCUCCCGGUCCCGAAAUAACUGCUUGGAGAUACACAUCAAAUCCCGAAUAUCUUGCUUGGCUCAAUCUCCCGGUCCCGAAAUAACUGCCUGGAGAUACACAUCGGAUCCCGGAUAUCUUGCUUGGCAUCUUGUAGCCCUGAUUAUUGCUGACUUAAGCAUCGGAGUAUCUACCCCGAGGAUCCACCUCGGGGCUUUGCAGGUCCAUUCAGAGUGCAGAUACGGACUGAAGAAGGACUUUUUGUUUGGUGCAGUUACAUUUUGGCGCCGUCUGUGGGAAACUGAACUAAAGGCUUCCUUGUUGCUCUUAUCAUGGUUAAAACUAGGUCAGCCUGAGGUGGAAACUCGUCUUAGCCUCUUGGACGAGCUAGUGCUGGCUCAGCUGUUAGCCCGGAACAAUCCUGGUGAUCCACUCAUUAACCUACUUAAUCCUGCUCCACAACCCCCAACCCUACCACAAAAUCCUGAACCAGUUCAGCAUGCUCCCGCUGUUAGUGAAUCUCAGGGCCAAUCUCACGUCGCACCAGCUCAGCAACCCCCUCAUGAUGAUGUCACUCGAUGUUUAGAUAGCUUAGAAAAGCUAGUGGCCCAGAACGCCUCUGAUGCGUUGAUGUGCAAAAUCUUUCCCCUUACCCUCCGAGGUAAUGCUCGAACCUGGUACUACAGUCUACCUCCGAGGUCAAUCAACUCUUACACAGAAAUGACCUUUGCUUUUGCCACAAAGUUUUCCAGUAGAAGGUUGAUCAGGAAAACCACUUUUGAGCUGAUGCGAGUUAAGCAGAGGGACGGUGAGUCUUUGAAGAAUUUUAUGAGUAGAUUCAAUGAUGCAGUGCUGGAGGUUAACUCUUUCAACCAAGCUGUGGGAAUUACAGCUGUGAUCUCAGGUCUUAGCCAUGAGAGAUUCAGAGAUAGUCUGCUCAAACAUCCUGCCAACACCUUCAGCGAGGUAAAUGAUAGAUCGUUGAAAUUCAUAACUGCUGAGGAAUAUGCCCUAUCGCAGAACCUAACUCCUAUUAAGAACCAACACCUGGACUGGAAAGAUGAGAAUCCAAACAGGAAACGGAUGAAGACAACACAGAACCGAGGUCCGAUGUCGACUUCCACCCUGAGAUUUGGAAGGCCGAACUCAGCACCUCCGCAACAACUUGCAGGUAAACCUCCAGUUAAUUGGACUCCUUUUAAUUUACCGAGGUCACAAAUCUUUAUGCAGAUUAAGAAUAAGAUGGACUUAAGACGUCUGGGUCCAAUGAGAACUAUUGCUGCUACUAGAGACCAUACUAGCCACGAUUUGUCAGGGAACAAGGGACAUAGCCUCAAGGAGUCCGUAACCCGCCAAACAGGCAAGCACGUCUUUGUUGACAUAGGGAGUGCACUAGACAUCAUGUACUUCCAUUGUUUUGAAAGUCUUGGGUUGGAUCCGGCUCUAUUGCAACGGUAUGAUGGUCCCAUCUACGGAUUCAACAACCAGCCAGUCCCAGUUGAAGGAGUCCUCACCAUGAAUUUCCCAACUCCUACGGGAAUAGCAACGCUGCGAGGCAACCAGGAGGUGGCCCGACAUUGCUAUAUCACCUCGAUAACACAACCUCAGAAGGGCAAGGCUCAGACACCCGAGAUUAAUCCCAAACGGAUUCCUGAUGAUCGGCAAGUUAUGGGUGUUGAGAUAGUAGAUAACCGACCAGAAGAUGAAACCAGAGCUGCUCUAGUCGAAGAUGUGGAGGAGGUACAGAUUGAUGACAGAGAUCCGAGCCGGAAAACGCAAAUUGGGACUAAAUUGAACUCGGAGGAAAAAGCAGAGCUGAUAGCUUUUCUUCGGGCCAAUAAAGAUGUUUUUGCAUGGACUUCAGCAGAUAUGCCGGGAAUUCCCACUUCAGUUUCUCAACAUAAACUCAGUACCAAUCCACUCAAGAAACCAGUAGCCCAGAAGCGACGCCUUUUCGAGGGGGAGAGGUUAAAGGUUAUUAAAGAAGAAGUUGAGAAACUCCUACAAGCCGACUUUAUCAGAAGGGUAGAUUACUGUGAGUGGGUCGCCAAUCUGGUGCUGGUGAAAAAAGCGAACGGUAAAUGGCGGAUGUGCAUUGAUUACACUAACCUCAACGAUGCAUGUCCAAAGGACUGUUAUCCAAUGCCAAAUAUUGAUAAGCUGGUUGAGGCAGCUUCAGGAAAUGAGAGAUUGAGUCUCUUGGACGCAUAUUCAGGGUAUCACCAGGUGCCAAUGGCUCCCGCGGAUGAAGACAAAACCUCGUUCUAUGCCGGCGAUGACAUCUAUUGCUAUGUGAUGAUGCCCUUCGGCUUGAAGAACGCAGGUGCCACUUACCAGAAGAUGGUUACCAUUGUAUUUCGAUCUCAAAUAGGCCGAAAUCUGGAGGUUUAUGUUGAUGAUAUAGUGGUGAAAAGUUUGAAAGCUGAGGAUCACUUAGCUAAUCUCGAGGAGACAUUCAACAAUCUCAGGAAGAACAGAAUGAGGUUAAACCCAGCAAAGUGUAUCUUCGGUGUGGAGUCAGGAAAAUUUCUAGGCUUCAUGGUAUCUAGAAGGGGGAUUGAGGUCAACCCUGAGAAGAUCAAAGCAGUAGCCAAGAUGGAGCCACCAAAGUCGAUAAAAGAUGUACAGAGGUUGACGGGGAGAGUAGCAGCUCUGCAUAGAUUUAUUUCGAAAUCAGCAGAUAAAUGCUUGCCGUUCUUCAAGAUUAUCAGAUUGGCAACCCAGAAGGAUGACUCUGGCAAACAAAAGAAGUUUGAAUGGAAUCCAAAAUGCCAAGAUGCAUUUGACGAGCUGAAGUCUUAUCUUAGCUCACUUCCUUUGCUGACAAAGGCCGAGGAUGGAGAAAUCCUUUACUUGUACCUUGGCAUAUCGGAUGAAGCUAUCAGUUCUGUGCUAAUAAGGGAAGAGGGGAAGCAACAGAAACCAGUCUACUACAUCAGUAGUGUGUUACAUGGAGCUGAAGUUAGAUAUUCCAUUGCUGAGAAAGCAGCCUUAGCAGUUGUCACUUCGGCCAGGAAACUGAGACCAUUGAUCAAAUGGGCAGUUGAACUGGGCGAAUUCGAGCUCACAUUUCAGCAGAGGUCAGCAAUCCGAGCUCAGGCUCUCGCUGAUUUCAUAGUAGAAUGUACCUCGGCUCACUCUCAUUCCCAGUCCGAGGUGGACAGUUGGAUUUUGUAUGUUGAUGACGCAUCAAGUAACAAAGGUUCUGGCGCUGGUGCACUCUUACUUGGCCCAGAGGGCAAAAUCCCUCGAGCUGAGAAUGAACGAGCAGACUCCCUCUCCAAGUUUGCUUCGGAUGGCAACCAAAGCUCCAGAUCAGUUUUUGUGGAGGUCUUAAAUGAAUCAAGUUUCAUGAAGCCACGGGUGAUGGAGAUCAGCACAGACCCAAGCACUCCGAGCUGGACUGACCCAAUCCUCUCUUUCUUGCGAGACGGGAUAGUACCUGAGGGCAGGCAGGAGGCAAUGAAGUUGAGGAGGAAAGCAUCUUGGUAUACACUUGUUAAUGGGGUCCUCUAUAAGCGAUCUUUCUCUCUACCUCUUCUACGGUGCUUAAGCCCCUACGAAGCAGAGUAUGCACUUCGCGAAGUACAUGAAGGUGUCUGUGAAAGUCACGUAGGUGCUAGAACUCUGGCUCACAAAGUCUUAAGGCAGGGAUAUUACUGGCCGAACAUGUACAAAGAUGCCACUCACUUUGUUCAGAAAUGCUUGAAAUGCUAGUUCUUUGCGCACUUGACUCACCAGCCUGCAGAAGAGCUCACUACUCUGGUAGCACCAUGGCCAUUUGCUCAGUGGGGAUUGGAUCUUUUGGGCCCAUUCAUGAAAGGGGUUGGUGGUGUAACCCACCUGAUUGUCGGUGUAUAUUUCACAAAAUAGGUUGAAGCUCGGCCAUUAUCCAGUCUUACUUCCAAGAAGGUCGAAGACUUUGUUUUCAGCUCAAUCAUCUGCAGAUAUGGGAUCCCGAAUAAGAUUUUGGCUGAUAA